CCUCUUUGUUAUUACACUGUGACGUGCUCAGUAAUAUAACUGUGUCUGUUUAGGUUUCGAGGCAAUCACAAAAUAAUCCGACCCCAAUCAACAGAUCCUUGUUCAGGAAGGGGAACAACUCAACACAUAUAUUUGUGACAUCUUAACUACUCAAUAAUUUGUUUACUCGGUUGAUGUUUUGUUUCAGUGGAGAACCUGGCCAUGGUUGUUGCGGACCUAUUCAUAGCCGGGACAGAAACUACUGCCACUACAAUUCGAUGGACAUUGGUCUACUUACUCCACAAUCCGGAAGUACAGGAAAAGUGUUUCCGAGAGAUCCAGGAACAUAUCGGCCAGAGGAGACGACCCUCCAUGAAAGACAAGAGCAGCCUACCCAACGUGGAGGCAACCAUUUUGGAAGUGUUGAGACGAGCUGAUAUCGGGCCAGCUUCUCUCCCACACGCCGUUUCCCACGAUGUCCAGUUCAGGGGAUACACGUUCCCAAAAGAGGCCACAGUCAUAGUGAUGCUUGAUUCGGUCUUACAAGACCCGGAUGUGUGGGGUGACCCAGACAACUUCCGGCCUGACCGUUUCCUUGACGACAAUGGCAAGGUUAUAAAGAAAGAAGAGUUCAUUCCCUUCUCUCUGGGUCGAAGAGUGUGUCUGGGUGAGUCGAUGGCCCGGAUGGAGUUGUUCCUCUUCCUGACCACCAUGAUCCAGAGGUCCAAGUUUGUCCCCGUGGAUGGUCAGAUGCCUUCCUUGGAUGGAGUUAUCGGUUUAACUCAUUCCCCAAAACCAUUCGUCAUUAAAGCAGUUCCAAGGAUAUAAUUGGUUUGUGUGAGCGAGGGAUUGGUGUUUUGCAACCAACACCAACGCGUGCCAAUGCGAUGUAUAUUUCAGCCUGUUCUUGCUUUAUUGAUAUAUAAUUUCGACAAAUAUCCUGUACGCUUCAAUGAUUUAUGAAACGCUAUUAAUGUUAUCAGGCAACCAGAACUGUACCAGAACUAUACACAGUAACUAUACAUAGAACGCGGGUGCCUAGCCCGCAAAUACUCCAGUCCCCCUAUAGACCUGUUUGUUGGACAAAUCAUCGUGGAAAAUCAACAGACAUUGUUGCGAGGUUUCAUCCCAGAUUCCAUUAUGUCAAUUAUUUGCUUGAUAAUGUGACAUAGGCCUCAUUUUCAAGUUUAAACAGGAAAACAUUGUUACAGACCGAAUGUCAUCUCAAGCAAUACCCUAGCGUGGUAGUUCUAGGUCAUGAGAUUCUCAAUAAUUCCUAUUUAACAUUCGUAUUCCCAAGUGUUUUGUCAAGUUAGCUUCUGCCGCUCAAAAAAUCAAGUCAGCGUCAUGGCCUGUUUUGUCUGUCGUCAGUCAUCAAACAUCUCAGAAAGAACUGGAGGAAUGAAACUGAAACGUACCAUAGAGGACACCUGAUUAAUACUGCAUCUGAUUAUCACAGUCACCUCAAUUGUCAACUACAUUUAAAAUGCUAUUUUAUGGACAUUUUGUUUUCAAAAUAUACAUUUCAACAUUUGAAUUUAGAUUCCGACGAACCUUUGCACCACACUGAAAACAUAAAUUUAUUGUAAUUACGUAAUCAUUAUUUUCAAAGAAUAAUUUGGCAUAUGUAUAUUUAGCAGUGAGGCUAAAAACAUCUGUACCUUUCUUGCACUACAAUAAAUUUUGAUAAUCUUUUGUAUAGACAGUUUUACGAUGAUCUUGAAUUCGCCCAACAUGUAGUACUAUUUGCUCACACUAUAAAACUCAUCUUCAGACACCACUAGAACAGUGCAAAUGAAACUUCACAUGCGUGUUCACACAUAACAUCUGGAUUUUAGAAGAUGAUGUUUUAAUAUAGUCAAAUCUGCACUAUUAUAUGGUCAAAACAUGGCCACUGUUCAUUCAUUUCUGCUCAAAAUGUACUGCUAUGCUCUUAAAUCUCAAAAUGUACUUUUUCCGCUGAGAACAUGCCGCAUAUAUUGGGUUCACGUUUAGUACCCCUUAUGAUGGCAUAGUAUUGUGGGUGUGUAUACUUCGGAUUUUCCAGACGGUCUGUGUGUUGUUAAACAAUAAGACAAGGCUAUGGCAAUGGUUGUUUCAGGUUUUUGACUUUUUGUCUAACAUAAAUAUAUAUGCCUUG